CAUCACAGCCCACUUCCAGUGGAAGGCUUUUCCUACAGAGGAAGAAGACAAUGAAGAGAAGAGGAGGCAGUGUCGUUUGCUGCGGCUGCCAAAAGAGGUGUGGCAGGAAAACUUAAUGGAGGAGAAAGAAAUAGAGAAGGUGAAGGGCUCUUGUGAAGAUCGCACUGCCCUCCUGAACAGCAUGGUCCAGGAGGAGAUGGCAAAGGUGCAAGAAGACCCCAUGCUGUUCUCCAAUGACUUUUUUUUCAUUGAGCCAAUGGAGGGAGAAAUCGGGCCGCAUUGUUCGGCUGAAAUCAAGGUGACCUUCAAACCCCUGGAGGCACUGGAGUAUCGAAGUGUGGCUUACUGCAGCAUCUCAGGCCGUGAGACCAGGCUGCCCCUGCACCUCAGAGGGGAAGGCCAAGGACCCUUGGUUGAACUCAGCUCUCAAACACUGAACCUUGGGAACAUUUUUGUCAACACCUCCCACGUCUGUGAGGUGAAACUGAUUAACCAAGGAGCUAUUGAUGCUCCCUUCACCUAUAUCCCUUCAACCACAGACAUGGGCUUCUGCUUCAAGUUUGCACCCGAGGAGGGCAUCAUUGCACCAGGUGGGACCCAGACUGUUCAGAUCUCCUUCAAUGCCCCCAUGUUGGGGUGGUUUGAGGAAGAAUUCCAGUUCAGUGUGGCUGGAUCUCCUACACCUGUGAUCCUCACCAUCAAGGGCUGUGUCACUGGACCGAGUUUACACUUCGACCUCCCUGAGCUCGACUUCGGGGACAUCUCCUUUGGCUUUCCCUACACGCAGAGCUGUCGCCUCACUAACACCUCCGUGGUGCCCGUGAUGUUCAAGCUCCGCGUGUUGGAUGAUGGCACGCAGCCGGCUGUUAGCAGCUUUGACCAAAUACGCAACGACAGAGACCCAGCCUGGAGGAAGGGAAUUCAUUUUUAUGUGGAGCCCAUGGAGUUUACAGUGAAUCCCAGCCAAGGGACCAUCCUCCCCGAGGGACACCAGGAUAUCGAGGUGACCCUGUGUUCCAACACUGUGAUGAAAUUCUACCGGAAAAUGCUGGUGGACCUGGAGGGUAUUGGUGAGGGAGUGGCAUCACUGAUCAUCUCAGCCAGAUGUCUCGUUCCUGAGCUCCAAGUGUGCCCCCAUGUCCUGGCCUACAAUGAGUGCUACCUGAAGGUGCCGUAUGAGAAGAAACUCAUCAUUGGGAAUCCCAGCCACCUUCCUGGCUGCUACGGGCUUAUUCCCCAGGAUCGCAAUAAGGACUCUCCUGUGUUCUACUCCAGCCCCAAACCCUGUGGGAUUGUCCAGCCUCACAGCUCUGCAGAGAUUCCAGUCAUAAUCGAAGUGCAGACAUUGGGCAUGCAUCGCACCAACGUUCUCAUCGGCGUGUUCGGGAAUGAGAGAAACCCCCUGGUAUACAAACCCCACUGCUUUGUUACUGAACCCAGAGAAGGAGUGAUUCCCCCUAGGGGUGAGGUUCCUGUGACUGUCACAGCAACCCUGAAUGACACGGGGAAUUUUCCUGACUCCAUCAAGCUGUUCACUGGGAACAGACUUUGGGCCAACGUAAAGCUCCAGGCCUUGGGCAUUGGCACCACAAUUGUCAUAGACAAACCAUUCGCCCCAGAGCUCAACUUGGGAUACCAAUUCAGCCCACCUGAGGAGGAGGGCCAGAGUGUGUCAGCCCUCAGUAGCCCCAAGGAUGAUUCCCAGAGCCCCAAACGUGCCAGCCCCGUGUUUCGGGUGGUACCAGAGUUGAUGGGCCUGCAGCCAGGCCAGUCUGUGGACAUGGUGCUGCGAGGCUUCUCCCACAUCCCACAGGAGGUGCAGGAUUAUGUGUUGUGUGAAGCUGUCAUUGGGACAAACAUAAUGAAAAAGAAGAUAAUAAAAACAAUCAUUACCUGCGAGUUUAUUCACCCCUCUAUAGAAGUGUCAGCCAGACAAUUCUCUUUCCGGGUGGACAAGAAACCCAGUGAUGUCCUGAGGCUGCAGUACCAGCCUUUGGCUUUAAAAAACACCUGCCUGCUGCCACUGGACCUCAUGCUGGACUUGGAGCAGCCGUUCCUGAUCUGCAAUGAGGACCAGCAGCCCCUCCCACAUGGCCAGCCCGUGAGAGUGGAUGUAGGGGCGACCUGUCAUCUCUACAUCGCAUUCGACCCAGCUUAUGAACUGGAUUUUAAGAGCUGGAAAAAAGAGAAGGUUCUGAAGAUAGACAUGGUCAGGGGCCAUCCUUUUGUGGAGCGUAUCAUCCUUCGGGGAGAAGUGCACUUCCCAAAUCUCAAAAUCCGCCCCAGUGCCCUGGGGUUUGGCUGCACCUUGGCUGGCACUGAAGAAGUGCGUUCUCUGAAGAUGACCAACUGCAGCCCACUUCCCGUCCAGUACCACUGGGCAUUCCAUUCCAACAGCCAGGUUUACAGGCUGAGAGAUGAGCUUUACCCACCUAAAUUCAAACCCCAACCACCAAAGGAGAAGAAAACCUGUUUGGAUCGCCCGGCAGCUCUAUGGAGACGCUACAAGAUGAGAAAUGCAGAGGCAGCCCGAGGCCUGAAAAAAGUGCUGGAUUUUACUCAGUCUUUAAGAAUAGAGGUGCCACCACAAAUUCCUGAAAACCCUCACCUCCCAUUAGGCUUGGUGGAAUUCAGGUUCUCCAUGGACACUCCAUACAGUCCCCUCGAAGCAGAGAAGGCUUUCAGUAUCCUGCCACUGUCAGGUGUGCUGCAGCCAGGAGAGAGCCAGCAGGUCUCCUUCACCCUCUCUGGCCACCUCAACACCAUCUCCAAUGUCACGGCGCUGUGCCACGUGGAGGGAGGCCCCACCUACGAGGUGCUGCUGACCGGGGAGGUCUCACGUGUCAGCUACUCCCUGAGGCCCCGGGAGAUCAACUGUGGCUUACAGAUGUUUAAUGAAAUUCAUCACAGCAAGGUCACCCUGGGGAACACUGGCAAGAUUGAAUUCAAGUGGGUGCUAAAGCCUAGCCCUGCAGACCAGCAUCUGCCUGGUGUGUUUCUGGUCAAGCCCACCACUGGCUCCAUUGCACCUGGCAAGAAGCAAGUGCUGAAAUUCUCUUACAUGCCGGGAUUCUCAGGAGCCUUCAGCAGAACUUACCAGCUUAAAGUGGGUGACCUGGACCCGGAAAAUAUCUGCCUGAAAGGAGAAGCAUCCUUUCCCAUGAUCAGUGUGAACCUGCCCUGGAACAUCAAAGGAAAUGAAAAAUAUGAGAAGACACUGAAACGGCUCAUAACACGCUGGCAACUAUACAGUCCGGGGUAUAAAUCAUUUGUUCAGAAGAAGACUCAGAGCCCAAAGACCAAGACCUUGAAGUCUCAGACCCCAACAACUCAGGCCUUGAAGAUUCAGAAUCCCAAGACUCAGGAACUGAAGCCCUGCGUGCUUGACUCUGGCAUUGUAUCAAACACUCAGCUGCAGAUAAAGAUGAUGAAUACGCUGGUAGAGAAGCCUUUUCUAAAGCUCCAGGAAAAGCUCACAUCCUGUCCCCUGAAGAGCAGCUUCUAUGACAAGGACCUGUGCCAGGGUCUUGUCAAAGUUGAGCUGUUCGAGUAUGUCCUGGACAUGGGCCCUGUCCUUAAGGGUUACACUGAAACACACACUCUGAAGAUCAGCAACCCUGGGCAGAUCCAUGCGUCCUUCCAGGUCGAUGUAUCUGUCCUGCAGGACACAGGUUUCAGCGUGGACCUGGACCAGAUGAAUGGCCUGCCCCCCAACCACACCCUGGAGUUUGACGUGCGCUUUGAAAGUGCCCACAAGCCACAGGGUGAUGUGGAAGUGGUGCUGCCCAUAGAGGUGACAGAAGGCCCUGUGUACAACGUCCGCCUCCAUGCCACUGUUUUGGAACUGUCGCUCGACCUCUCCAAGAACAGACUGCAGUUCUCUGACAUCCUCGUUGGGCACUGCCAGGUUGAGACCAUCCGACUCCACAACUGGUUCCGAGUACCCUGCCGAUGGUUCAUUACUGCCAGCAAGCCUGUUGUGAAGAAAGAUCACCUGAAAUAUGUGACACCAGCUGUACGUCAGAAGAUGCAGGCACCAGAGGAUGAGCACUGUCCCUUUGAAGUGACGCCCUCCAAAGGAACCCUUGGACCAGGAAAGUGGCAGAACUUGCAAAUCCAGUUUACACCCAAGGAGGAGAGGUCUUACAAGAAUGAGCUGAAGCUUAACAUUUGUGGGAGCAGCAUUCACCUAAAGCUGCACCUCUCAGGACAAGGUCUGGAGCCACGAUUGGAGUUCAACCCCCCAGCACUAAAGAUGGGAUGGUUGCUGGUGGGCAGCGAUGGGGUGGAGGCCACAACGGUGGUGAAGAAUCCAUGCAACUUCCCCAUUGAGUUUUACUCACUGGAUUUUGAUGAGAAGUACCUUGAGGAGGAGAAGAUCCUGCGGAUGGCAGUGGGGUCUAAGUACCAGAAGAGCUUCUUUAUGCCUCCACGUUCCGUGGGUGAGACGCUGCCCCCAGAGGUGCUGCAGAACCAUGAAGCACAGAGGAGGCCAGAGGCUCAACAGGCAAAGCCCAAGGCCAGGGCUGAGGCUGAGGCCAAGGCCAUGGGCAGGGCAGCAGCAGAACUGCAGUGGGAAAAAGCUAUGCAGAGGAGCAUAAAACAUGUCUUGCAAAUGGAUAAGGAUGAGUAUGAUGCCCUCCCUAAGGAGAAGAAAGCCAAAGUGGAUAAAAUAAUACUGGAAAAGAAGCGCAUACGGAGGAACAGGGAGCUGAAGCAGCUGGCUCAAAAGCUUGAGGAGGAGGCAAAAGCCUUAGAGGAGGAAGAGAGGCGGAAGGAGGAAGAGAGGCAGAAGGAGGAAGAGAGGCGGAAGAAGGAAAAGAAGGGCAUCUCUGUGGGGAAGCAACCUACAAAACCAGAGAAGGGGAAAACCAAGACCCCAGAGAAGAAGGAAACCAAGACCCCAGAGAAGAAGGGAACCAAGGUCCCAGAGAAGAAGGAAACCAAAUCUCCAGAAAAGAAGGAAACCAAGGCCCCAGAAAAGAAGGAAACCAAAAUCCAAGAAAGUAAGGAAACCAAAGCCCUAGAAAAGAAGGAAACCAAAAUCCCAGAAAUAAAGGAGACCAAAGGGGAAACCAAAGCCCCAGAGAAGAAGGAAACCAAAGCCCUGAAGAAGGGGAAACCCAAAGCCCUAAAGAAGGGGGAAACCAAAAUCCCAGAAGACCCAGCAGAGAUGGAGAAGAACUUGAUCCUGAGGUUUCAGAUCUAUGAGUCAUCGCAGCAGAACGUUGCACAGGUUUUCUCCUACUGGGACAGGGUUCAGGGUACCGUGCAGUUAACUGUGACCCAAAAGGGAAACAAGUCCCAUUCUUCAGCUGAAAACAAAGGUCAGAAGACCAGUAAGCCUCAGGAGAAGGUGGAGAAGAAGCCUGAACAAAAAAGUGGAGACCAAGGGAGUCUUCAGUCAUCUCAGCUGGAGACGCUAAGUGAAGUUGCAGAAGGGGAAGUCAGAGAUGAGCACAUUGGGGUGCCGUGCCUGGACAUCCAGGUCUCAGAUCCAAAGACCAUGAUUGAGGAGAUCCUGAGGGAUGGGAAGCUGCCAACAGAAGACGAGAUGCUGAAACAUGUGGGAUUGCAUCCCAAAGGGCCUCCCCUUCCCCCUGGUGCUGUCCUCUCCAUAGUCAAGUACCCAGAGGAGCGGCUGGGGCCAGCAGAGGAUGUGCAUCCCUUCACCAUUGUGGCACCAAAAGGUGCUGCUAUGGAAGACAAUCUGGUGGAUGCUCCAGUGGUGCCAGAACUGAAGGCCAAGGCCCCAGAUGCAAAGGGCAGUUCUGCCAAGGGCCAACCAAAGACAGGUAAAGCAACCAGCAGAGACAGCUCUGCAAAGGAGAAGCAGAUCUCCACACAGAGAACAGAAAGUCCCCGGGAUUCCUCUGCAACAAGAUCCAAAAGUACAGUGGGAAGUGCCUCAGUCCCCACAGAACACCUCAGGCUGAAACGGUACCGGUGGAUCGUGCCUGCCCACGGUGAGGUGGAACUGAAGGUCCACUUCUUCCCCAAAAAGCCAGGGAGAUUUAAACAGACACUGAGGUUUGAGCUCAUGCAGACAAAGCGCCAGUACGAGCUGCCCUGCAGUGGCACCGGCCUGUACCCCAGCAUCAGCCAGAACCCACGGGUGGUGUUUCCACAGUGGAGGGAGACCAUGGAGGAAGAUGAAAUCAUCUUCAAGGAGUAUGUUGAGAGCACAAAGCAAUUCCACUUUGGACCGCUGCUGUGUGGGAAAUCAAGAGAGUGGUACAAGGCCCAGAAAUGUCCCAGCAACUCAGAGAAUCUAACCAUCCUCAACAACUCCCCCAUGGACGUAGAGGUCCAGUUCUCCUUUGAGAAAGAUCAGAAAGCAAAGACGUUCCUUUUGGACCCUCCCAGCAUGACACUGAAACCCAAGGAGAAGCAGGAGCUGACCAUUUGGGCAUACCCCACUUCCCCUGGCUUCCUGGAAGACAAACUCAUCUGCAGCAUUGGGAAGAACCCGCACCCAGUGGUCUUCGGCCUGUGCUGCCAUGGGGUGCACGUGAAGCUGGAGGUCAGCCCCCUGGAGCUGUCUUUUGACAAGCUGCUUCUGCACAGGACUGACAGCAGGACCUUGGUCCUGAAAAACAACAGCCUGCUGCCUAUGGCCUGGCGGCUCAAUGGGCUGGAUGACCUUGUUGAGGACUUCUCCUUGUCACAAGACAAUGGCACCCUUGAUCCCCGCUCAGAGUUUGAAGUGACACUGCAUUUCAAGGCUGAGCAGAUUGGCAGCAUUGAGAGGACCCUCCGACUAGAGGUUUCAGAUACAGAAAACAUUCUGGGGAUUGUUCAGGCUGAAAACAUUGAAAUCUCUGCAGAGGUCUAUGAUGUUUCUCUGAGCAUCGACAUGCCUGAAGGUCCAGAUGGAAGCUUGGAAUUUGGAACCAUUAAUGUCCUGGAUAAUGUGAAGAAAGUCCUAAGUCUAAAGAACAGAGGGGUAUACAACAUUGAGUACAGUUUCAUGCUGAAGGGUGCAGGUCCCAGGAUGCGAGACGUGGCAUCCUACUUCACUGUUGCGCCUCAGUCGGGCGUGCUGAUUGCCUCCAAGCCUGGUGUGAAUGUUGAGAUACUCUUCCACCCCACCAGUGAAAUGUUCCUCAAGAACAAACCCAUCCUGUACUGCCAGGUGACAGAUGCCAGCUCGGGUGAAAGAGGUGAGACUGUUGCCAACAUCCCAGUGAAGGUGUCGGCCAAAGCUGUGUUCAGCAAGUACAGCAUUGAGCCUGCCUCACCCAUCGACUUCGGAGCCAUGAUCAAGGGCACCAAGAAGACCCAGACGGUCCUGCUGGAGAACAAAGGCCUGCUCAACUUCAAAUUCUGCAUCCGCCAAGCACCUAAAGAUGCAUCUGCAUUGGAAAGCAAAAGUUCAAAGCAAGGGGAAUCUGCUCCAUCGUCUGCAAUGCACUCAACAGCAAGGAAAUCAAGCUCCUUAACACAGAGUCACCUCAGUCUUGGCAUGUUCACGGUGUCCCCCUGCUCCGGCUCCAUCGGUCCGUGGGGCCAGCAGAUGAUCACAGUGGAAUGCCUCGCAGGGCAGGAGGGGACAUGUGAGGAGCAGCUCUACAUUGACAUCCCGGGCAGAGACCCCAAGGACAAUCCCCUCGGCAUUCCCUUUACCCUGAUUGCCGAGUCCUGCCUCCCAGGACUUGCCGAGGAUGUGAUGUUAAUCUUUGAGGAGUACCCGAUCUGCAGCAGCACCAACCUCGAGCGCAGGCUGCUGUCGGUGAAAGGCACGGGCCUGUUUGUCAGAGAUGAGAACAGAUUCAUCUUCAGCAAGGUUCUGGUUGGGCAAGAGGCUGAAGCUCAUUUCAGUAUCUACAGUGCAAGCAGUCUGCCAUGUGACGUGGUCCUCUCCAUCAAACCCCUGCCUGGAGAGGAACAAAUCCCUAUCAACAACAUUUUCAAGUUGGAUCCGGUCAAGAUGUCCGUUCCCGGCUCAUCCUAUGCCGUUGCUACGGUGACCUUCACCCCGCCAGAUGAGCAGAACUACAACUGCGCUUUCAAGGCUUCCCUUGUCAUCCCAAAAAGCUCUGUGAAAAUUAAACCCCAAAGCCUGACCUUCACCAUCAGUGGGAAGGCGCAUGAGCCGCAGCUGACAGUCGUGCGCCCAAGCGCUCGCAGCAAGAGGGGAAACGCCGUGCUGCGCUUCAGGAGGCUCCGGCUGGGGCGUUCCGAGGUGCUGCCCCUGGUCAUCCGUAACGAUGGCAUCAUACCUGUCAAGUUUAUGUUACGCCUGGAACAAGAGCACGGAGGGUUCUUCUUGAAAGGCAGGGCCUCCACACUCAAGGUAUUCCACACUGAAGAUGUGGAAGAGGACUCCAUUGGAAACGAGAGCAAGCCCACAAAGCCUUUCUUCCUUCUGCACUGUGGGGAAUCGGCAGAGUUUAAUGUCAUUUUCAAACCCAUGCUGGCUCAACGUCUGGAAGGGAAGAUUCGUCUGUUGGUGGGGGACAUCUACUCUCACAGGAUCAUAGCAGAGCUGGUGGGUGAAGGCCACAAGGACAAAUUCACCCUUGAUGGACUAGAGGAAGACACAAAGGAGAGGAAUGCUGACAGCAGUCUGAAGAAAGACAUCAUUGAUGCUGUCAGAGUGAAUCACAUCCAGUUUGGGGACUGUCCUGUCGGGAAGCGCUGCUACAGGACCUUCACCAUCACCAACCGCACCUUUCACCAGUUCAUGCGCUUUGAGUGGGAGACAGACGGCCCAUUCCAGUUCUCCCCCAAGGUGGGACACCUCCGUCCUCGUCGUGCCAAGGACAUCACAGUGACCUUGAAGUCAAAUGUCCCAGCCACCUUCAGGAGGCACCUUGUGAAAUGUAUGGUGACCAAGAUCGACUUUGCGCUGCCACCAAGGAAGGUUCCAGACUGGGACGACCGAAAGUGCAUUGUCUCAUGGAACAGUACCACCAGGAAAGACCCAGAACACAAAUUCCCUAAAAUAGAGAAGGUGGUCGAGCCAGUCCCAGAACCAGAUCACACUGUGGUGGAGGAGAGCAGCCAGGAGGUUGAGGUGUACCUCAGUGCUAUUGUUGCCCACACCGAGUUGAAGCUGAACACGCUCGUGGUUCAGUUCAAGGAUACCCUGCCCUUCCAGACAAGGACAGCCACUUUCAGAAUGCACAACACAGGGAGCGUAGCCCUGGAAUACUUCUGGGAGGAACCUGCAGAUAGUAAACCUAGGAGGAAGCCAUACUCAAUCCCUCUGAUGCGUCGAUUCCUCUCCAAUGCAACUGUAAAGCAUCGCAAAAAGCUGCUGCGUCGUUACUGGUGGGAGCUGGCCCAUCCUCCUAAAGUGCGGCCGCGGCGGCGGCGGCUGCGGUGGCCUGUCAGGAAGGAGGACUUUUUGCAGUGGUGGUGCCAGCUGCAGCAGCAGCUUUCUGAGAAGCAGCAGCUGGAUUCCAAGCAGAAGAAGGGUUCCAAGAAGCAGAGCCGCUCCAAGGAAUUGCGCCCCUCUGAGCAGCAGCAGCAGCCCUCUGAGCAGCAGCAGCAGCAGCAGCCUUCUGAGCAGCAGCAACAGCAGCCCUCUGAGCAGCAGCAACAGCGGCCCAAGAAGCAGCGGCCCAAGAAGCAGAAGCCCAAGAAGCAGCAGCAGCUUUUCAAGAAGUCAAUCCUUUCCAAGAAGCUCCGCCGCUCAAAGAAAAAGCAUCUCCUUCGGCAGCGUGUCAGUUCCUCCCUGGAAAUCUUCCCAGAUUCCACCCAUGACGUGCCACUGUUCUCCAUCUACCCCUGCCACGGCAUCCUUGCUCCUGGCCAGAAGCAGACCUUUCAUGUGCAGUUCUCCCCAAAGUCUGCGGGGAUGUUUAAGACCAUCGUGAUGUGCAGGAUUCCUAACCUGAGGCCAACUCAGAAGAGGGUGCGGGUGAUUUUGAAAGGCAGAGCCCGGGAGAAGAGGAAGUUUGGUAAACCGAAACGCUCUGCGUUACGGCAGGCAGGCGAUGGCCCGAGACCCAAGAAGCACGUGCACUGGAAACCAUCACUUGAGUGACAGCGUUUGUGUCAGCUGCAGCAUCCAGCAGCAGCCGGCAGCAUCGUGCCUUCUGCUGCUGAUGGUC